GUGGCGCUCGCGCGACAGUGCUGGUACCUAGCGGGCGCUUCGUCCGUCUCGGCAGCGUCGCACUGCAAUCUGCGCACCGCCUUCGGGAGGAACGCGCCUGCCCGCGCCGCCUGUUGCUCUGCUCUGACGGCGCGCGGCCCGUGCAAACGCAUGGUCGCCGAGGGGAUGGCCGCAGCCGCGUGAGGCGUCGGCGACGGCUGCGGCGCCGCGGCGGGCCGCGCUACACGACAGGCCCCGGCCGCCAGG